UCCUAAAGGGACAGCGCUUCCCGCGAAGGCUCCGACGCGCAGAGCGGCCGGCCGGGGUCGAGGAGCCGCGAGGAGCCGCGAGCCGCCGCGCCUGUGCCCCGCGGGGAGGACGGCGUUUAUGACCACCAGCGGAGCGGGCCCGGAGCCGGAGCCGGUGAGGACGGGCGCCGCCGCCUGCCGCGCGGGGCCGGCUGCCUGUGCGUCCUCGAAAUAAAUCAGAAUGAGUUAUGCAGAAAAACCCGAUGAAAUCACGAAAGAUGAGUGGAUGGAGAAACUCAAUAACUUGCAUGUCCAGCGGGCAGACAUGAAUCGCCUCAUCAUGAACUACUUGGUCACAGAGGGCUUUAAGGAAGCAGCAGAGAAAUUUCGAAUGGAAUCUGGGAUUGAACCUAGUGUGGACCUAGAAACACUUGAUGAGCGGAUCAAAAUCCGGGAGAUGAUCCUGAAAGGCCAGAUCCAGGAGGCUAUUGCGUUGAUCAACAGUCUCCAUCCAGAGCUCCUGGACACAAACCGGUACCUUUACUUCCACCUGCAACAACAGCACCUCAUAGAGCUGAUCCGCCAGCGUGAGACUGAGGCAGCGCUGGAGUUCGCACAGACCCAGCUGGCCGAGCAAGGCGAGGAGAGCAGGGAAUGCCUGACGGAGAUGGAGCGCACUCUGGCCCUGCUGGCCUUUGACAACCCGGAAGAGUCGCCGUUUGGGGACCUGCUUCAUAUGAUGCAGAGGCAGAAGGUGUGGAGUGAAGUUAACCAAGCUGUCCUAGAUUAUGAAAAUCGUGAGUCAACACCCAAGCUGGCAAAAUUACUGAAACUACUCCUUUGGGCUCAGAAUGAGCUGGACCAGAAGAAAGUAAAAUAUCCCAAAAUGACAGACCUCAGCAAAGGUGUGAUCGAGGAGCCCAAGUAGAGUCCGUGCUGGUGGCCCUGCGCUUCCCCGGCACGGACUCCUCGGAGCAGCUGUCUGUGACUCAGAGAUUUUUACUGCAGUAGAGAACUCUUUUUUCCCCUUUUUCUUUCUUUCUUUCUUUUCUUUUUUUUUUUGACUCGGCAUCUUUUUUAAAGGGAAACGUGGCCCUUUUAAGUGCUGGAAACCGUGCAGUGAAUGGCACUGUCUCUUUGGCAGUGCAGUGCAGACUCUGUGCGUGCUCUGAAGGCAAGGACGGGCCGCGGGGCGCUCCUGCUGUUUGGCUCCUGAAGGAUCACACCCCCGUCGAGUGCUCGGUUAGGAGGGGAUAUUGUUGAACUGAGGCCUCCCACUCAAACCUACAAAAAGCACUGAUCAUUAUUUUGCUUUGUUAGCUUGUAGGCAGAACAUAUGUUUUCUCAGCUCUCCCAAGACUCGUCAGGCCUUUGUGGAGAAGUUUUCUCUUACCCCUUGGUUUUUUGUUUUUGUUCUUUCAUAGGAAAGACUAUAUAAAUUUGUAAAUCCUAAUUCAAAGACUUCUUUUGUGUGAGGGCAUUGAGUUUGAUUUGUUUUCCCUUUUGGUCUGGGUUGUGUGGCUUUUGGGGUGAUGUGUGUGUGAGGGGCGGGGCUGUGUGUUUUUUAAUUUUUUAAAUAUAUAUUUUGGUGCUGGUUGUGGUGAGCGACUUUCCUAGUGGAUCAAUGAACCUUCUCUUCUAGGCAGUUUUGUUGAAAAUAAAGGUUUCUCUUUGAUCUCAAGAAUGACCAAAAUGUCCUCUAAAAAGUUUUAAUCAUCUCAAACCAUUUGUUUUCGGGGCUUCCGUCCUGGUGGUGAUGGUGGUGGCAUCAGCUAGUUCCUGCAGCCAGAGGGCCGCUUGCCCCGUCUGGUUGGUCUGGUGUGUGUGCUAGGGAGCCGACCCCCGUGGGCGGAGGGGCGCCGGUGCUGACAGGUGUGUGUCGGCUGCAGGCUGCCCUGACCGGGAGCGCAGCAGGUCAGUGUGUGGUCACUGGCUUGUGCUGUGCUGCUUGUGAGUUCACAGGCAUCCUGAAUCUGUGCUCUGUGCCCUCCCGCAUCCCGCCACCAGGGCAGGGGCUGGGACACGGGUGCCCUUGUGACUCGGUGUCUCGGCGUGGGGCAAACACGUGCGCAUGGACUCACUGCAGGGUGCCCCGGGCAUGAUCCUGUAGGGCGAUCCUUACAGAGCUCCUGACGGACCCCGCAGGCCGAGGCUUAUGGAGGUGGUGCUGACUGUGCCCCGGGGCGCAGGGCCCGUGUGGCCAUGGGUGGCUCCGGCCCAUCGUCUGGUGGGAGCUGCCCGCUGCCGCAGUGGCUGGGGCUCAGUUGCCCUGGGCAGAUCCUGGUCCCAGGAUGGAGUCUGGCAGCAGGGGCUUGGCGGAGGGAGGUGCCCAGAGCCACUGACGUGGGGAGCGUGCUUCCAUGACCAGAGAGGUCAGGCAGGCCUGUGGAGACGCCCGUAGGUCAGGUGGUGUGCCGCUGAUGGCCGGGGCCAUGUCCGCCGUGAGCCCGUGGGCCUGGGCAUUGUCGCUAAGUACUGGGACAUCAGCUGUUGGCCCACUUCGUGUCUGCCUUCCGCUUGCACGUGUGCUCUGGGCGUAGUGGUUUGGAGCGGCGGACAGGCGCCUGCCCUGGGUGGUGACCGAGGCAGAGGCAGGGCGGUGCGGGCUCUGUGGGCCCUCCCGGCCUCUGACUGCCCUCCUGCUGCCCUUUUGCUUUUGUGAGGAUGAAGGUGGGGGUUCUCCUCGGCGCCCGGGAGGGAGCACGUGUCCCCUCCAAAUGUGACCUUUCUUUGGGGCCGUUUCCUCUGAGGCUUGAGGGUGACAAGUUGGAGCAGAAGGUUUUAACCCUUAGGUAAUUAAUUAAUCGUCGCCUAGAGCAGGAGCUGGAAGAGAAGCACGAGCAGAGAGGUGUCGGUAACGCUACACGUUUGAGACGCACCAGAGAAUUCAGCAUGCUUCUAGUGAGUUUUUCUUAGUGUAUAUAAGGCCCUUUAUGUGCAUAAUUAAUAUACGAUCCCCUGACACGCUCUUCACAUGAGAGGGUGUGAGAUGGGUAGUGACGGGAGGUCCUGUACGCAGGAGUCACCCCUGAACCACCAGGGCCCAGACGGGGCUCGCCUCGCACCGGUUCACCUGUCGGGCCCAUGAGUGACGUCACGAGUAGGUGCUGACGCCAGUGCGAGCUGGCUGUGGUGCCACGGGGACCCUCAGCUGUGCCCUGUUGUCCUCGCUUCUGUCGGCGGCUCUGCGCUCCUGCGCCGCCCCUGACUGGGGACCUGCUUCGGCAGGAGUGGCUUUGCCGCCUCCCUGCGGUCUCUGUGUCUUCAGCAAGCACACUAAAUUAAGCCAUUUUGAGAUAAUGAACAUUAAAUAUAAUUUGAUUUUUCUUUCUCUCCUUUGGAUCUCGCCAUUGUGUUUUCUGCAAUGUAAUAGUUUACAUAGUUUAUUCUUUUAAUGUUUUCUUGUGGAAAGUGCCUUGAAAUAAAUAAAAUUUGAGAAUAUUCUGUGCUCCACGUUCCUGAUACCACGAAGUUGUGGGAGGGCUCUUUCCGAGGCCUAGGGACUAUUGCAAGUCCAGCGAGAGCUGGUAUGUUUUGCCAUUUGCGUUAAGGUUUGCAGGUUCUAGAAAAGGUAUUUGAGAUGAGCGUCUCCCGGGCACGGGACUGAAGGCCGUGUGUGGGGCCUCGGGGACGAGGCGGCGGCUCUUCCCCGCAGUUGGGACGAGUCCUGAGGAGGGUGUGUGUCAGGCGGCGGGGGUCUGCUUCCCUCUGUAGGGCUAGUUGUGGGACCAGCCCUUCUGGGUUUCAGAAGGAACCGUGCACAGUGUAUGUUGAAGACCGUGGUGUCCUUGGGGCCACGGAGCAGGAGCUGCUUCCGGGAGUUGCCGUGGGGUCCCAGCACGGACAGGAGGCCGAGCCGGGCGCGGGGCCAUGAGCUGCAGGCCGCCCCGCCCCGGAGCUGAACAGUGCGGCUCUCCGCCAUGUACUCGGAUACCUUGUGCUCCAUUGCUACAGCGGGUACGUUUCCAUUUCAGAAACGUGAUGCUUUUUCAGAUUUGAGAGUCAGUCGUGACAUCCGCACCGGUCAUGUGACUGUGGUACCGCUGUGACCCACUGCGAGCGUCCUCGCUCCCCCGGUCUGAGUCCACUGUAUUCCCGCCGGCAUGGGUGCCCGCCACUGCGUCCUCUGAAGGAUGCAGAAUAGGUUGCUUUUGCUGCCUGUUCUUAAUUUCAUGGUAAAACUUUUCCUAUUUUUCUCAGAGGGGUCACCACUGGGUCUCCUGUCCUUUCCCCACCAAGAGUCUCCAGUAAGAAUAAGUUAGAUACGCUGCACGUUCCAUUGGCGUCCAUCUGUCAGAACUGGUGGAAGGAAAGUUUAGUUUCACGCAUCUUUAUGCUUUGCUGUCCUGUCGCCCUCUGACCAGCUCCGUCUGGUGUCACUUGUGCGUGCGUGUCAGCGCGUGCUGUGCGUGCGCCGUCUGAAAUCUGCCAUCCGUUUUCUACAGCCUGUCGCUUUUGUGAAGGAGAUAGAUUGGGGCCACCACUGCAUGAUUUUAACCUGAAAACUUAUUUUUUAAAAAACUUAGAAAUAUUUGCAGACAUUCAAAGUAGAGGGGCUGCUGCAGUGAGCCCUGGGGCCCUUCUCCCCGUGCGUCUCAUGCCACGUCUGGCCGGGGCGUGCAUCCCACGCUGUUGGCUCCCAUAGCACUUAGUGCAAAGGCAGUUGCGGGACCCCCGACGGAGACUUGGAGUGACAGCUCCCCAGUGCCUUCUCGUGAGUGCAGAAGAGAGCAUGCCCUGGGCUGGAGCAUGGCAUCCUGAGCUGUAGCCCUCAUGGUGUUUGGACUUUGGAGAGGGGAAAGGAAGCCUCCCUGUCACUCCUCCCCAGGUGGCCGUGGCAUCUCAGCCCUUCUUCAUGCCAGCAGGAGGCAGUGCAGUGGAUCCUGGUGAUGUAUGCGCGCAGAGCGCUGGGCGCUUGGGUUUGCACUCAAGACCCCCUGAGGCGUUUGGCAGGAGCCACAGCCCCUGGCGCGGGAGGCCUGCGGUCUUGGAUGUUGUGCCUUAAUUCUGAGAUACCAUCCAGGCACUUGUCCCAUCCUUGUGAUUUACUUCUGUGGAUGUAAACGCAGUGUUUGAAUGGGCCUUGGGCCUCUGUGGCUGUGUGGACUCUGCAGGGGGCAGGUGUCCUGAGCCGCUCUGCCUCCGCAGGAUGCCAGGCCCCAGCUCCAGCCGCCUGAGGUCCUUGAUGGGGGCAGGGAAGGGUGGUCUGGGUGAACUGGUCAUCCUGUCCCUGCACCUGCGGGCCAGAGGUGUUUCUCGUUGCAGGGAGCAUGUGGUGGGGCCGAGACUGAUCUGCAGUGUGGGAAGUCUCCCAGCUGGACGGCCAGGUUGAUGGGUCCAUUCUGAACAUGGCACAGAAGAAGGUCUAUCGGACUCCUCUAUACUCAGCUCCAACCGAAAUCAUUGGCAGAAGCAGUGAGAACCGGGGACAGUGGGUUUAUCCUCGUGUUCCUUUCCAACUGGCUGCACUUCGAAGCAAGUCACGCUGCAGCCCCCUGCCCCUGUGGACGGAGCCCAGGCAGGCGUGCUCUGUGCUGUGGGACUCCGCCUCCCUCUGGAGCCUGGGGAUGAGGAGGUGCUGUCCACUGCUGCGGGGACUGCUGGACUCGGGUGCCAGAGCACUGGCUGACUGGGACUUCUCCCCCUGGACAUGUCCAACGGAUGCUCGUGCGAGCAGGGUCUCCUCUGCCACAGACCCUCGCCCCGCAGCAUCACGCAGCCGGGUUCUCCCACCUGGCUUCUGAAAGUGAAGCAAGCCUGAGGAUCAUGGAGGACUCCCGGGCCGGGCGGCAGGGGUGUGGGGGGCGGGGGCAGGCAGCGGAAGCACACAGACCCGGGCGGGGGCGGUGGGGGGGGGGGGUUGCUGCUAGUCCCUGCAGGGCUCCAGACUCACAGGCCCAGCGAGUCCUUCAUGUCUAGGCGUCCAGGCAUAUGUUUACUGUGAAACAGAUGUUGAACAGCAGUGUUUCCAAGACUCAAAUAGUGAACUCACCAGCACUUUGAAAGGAAUGCACUGUUCCAGAACCUUCAAGAAUUCCACAUGUAGAACCUAUAUCGGAUUAAAUUCAUUUAUUAUCAUAAAGUUAAUCUUUCUGA